AUGAAUGAAAGUAAAUUAAAAUUACAGAUUAGUUUAGGAACAUCCUAUGAUCCAAAAUCACACAUUACAAUACUUCCAAAUGAUGAUUCUAACCCAUAUUAUAUUAAUACACAAAAUUUUACAGCCAGAAUAUGCGUUCGUAUAAGAGAUUUUAAAGGAAUAACACCAUUAAGUACAUCAAGGAUCGAAUCAAGCCCUUAUUUUGAAGGAAAUAAUGAUCAAUAUUCAAUUCAAGUACAAGGAAGGUUUAAAGGGAAUGAUUUGACAGCAGAUGACAUUAUCUUUGGUGUAAAUAAAAUUAAUUUACCGCCUGGAUCAUGGUUUGGAUUAAAGAUUCUUCAAUAUAUUGAUUCUGGAUUAGAAGCAGAUAUUACUUGUGAUAAACCAUGGGCAUAUAGUCCACUGGCUUUUACCAUGAAUAGAUUAAAUGUACAUGAAGAACCUGAUAUUAAAGAUGGAGAAUUACCACCAUGGCCUUCAAUAAACGGUGAACAUGUUGAAGAAAAUGUUAUUUUUCCACGUGAUGGUCAUAAGAUUGAAGUAUUAAAUAAUGUUUUUAUGAGAAAAAAAUAUUUCAAAUCAAAAGAAAAUCGAAAAAAUUUUCCAAUUAAAGAAAGUCAAGUUUGGAACUUUGAUUUCUUUAAUGCCUAUGUAGAUUUUAAUGAUGUUGCUAUAAAAUUACCUGGAUUUAAACUAGGAGUCCUACAGUAUUGGGAAGGACAGCCUGUUCGUUAUGUGUGCAAAUCACGCGAUUCUUCAAUUGUUUUUUUUGUUGUUAUAUUUCAGUUGAUUCCUAUUGAAGAAGAUGAUGAUAAUACAAUAACAAAAUGCAAGGGAGAAAAAAUAAGAGAAUCCUUUGAAGAACAUCCGGAUAUUUCUGAUUUUACUCCAAAAACAGGUGCAAGAUGGGCAUCGAUAAAAUCUCCAACAUCAUUAUUCCCAUUCAACAAAGAUACAGAAUUUUCUAUACGGCCAUCACCAACUUCUUCACUAUCUUCAUCACCAUCUCCUUCGAGUAACGUGACUAAAUUUAAUGCGAAUUUUGAAAAAAAUGACCACGAUGAUGAUGUCUUGGAUUAA